CGCUGAUAACGGUAUCGGUGUGAAACGGAAGUGCCCGUAACGCGGGGGUGGGAAGGCUGGAAAAAAUGGCCGCCUCCGUCUCGGGCUAUACUUUCAGUUCUUUAGUGUACCACCAUGCCAACAGCUCCUCGGACCACGAAGGAUUUCUUUUGGGUGAUGUAAAACAACUUGAGACUUUCAGUAUUAGUGACUCACAUAUCAGUAACACAGAACUGCUGCAAGUUAUAGAAAUUCAUAAUCAUGAGCCUGGUUAUCAACUCUUUAGUUUUUAUGACUAUGCAGGAAGAGUUAAUGAAGAGAGUCUGGAUAGAAUUCUCAAAGGAAGGAGAAAAAAUGUUAUUGGCUGGUACAGAUUUAGAAGAAAUACACUGCAGCAGAUGUCCUACAGAGAACAUAUUAUCCAUAAGCAGCUGACAAACAUCCUUGGAGUGCCUGAUCUAGUCUUCCUUCUAUUUAGUUUCAUCUCCACAGCAAACAACUCAACGCAUGCUUUGGAAUAUGUGCUGUUUAGACCCAGUCGCCGGUAUGAUCAGAGAGUUUCACUCACAAUCCCUAAUUUGGGGAACACUAGUCAGCAAGAAUACAAGAGUUCCUCAGUGCCAAAUACAUCAUGGAAUUAUGAGAAGGUCGUUACAGAACAUGGAGCUGAGUUCUUUGACAAAGAUGGUGUGAUUAAAGAUAUCAGGGCUAUUUAUCAGGUGUACAAUGCACUGCAAGAAAAGCUGCAAACUGUAUGUGGAGAAGUGGAAAAAAGUGAGCAAACAGUUGAAAGUUACCUUCUAGAAGUGGACAAAUUGAAGAAACAAAUAGCACGGAGGAAAAGGGAGAUUAAAGAGGAAAAGAAACUUCAAGAAGCUGCACCGAAUAGAGGAUUAGCUGAAGAAGAUUCGGUGUGUGUGCCUAAUCUGAGGACCAGUCCUGAACAAGUAAUGGAAGUACAUAUGCAACAACGUUUGGACUCUACUCCUACUCUGUUGCUUAAUUCUGAUGUCACUGCUAGGGGCAAUUUGCAGGGGAUGAGUAGUGCUUUUGUGCCUCGGGUACAAGGUGUGGGAUCUGCUAGCAAAGCUUCAGCAAGCACAAGUGCUCCAAACUACUAUGGAAACCGAAUGGGGAGUCCCCACUCACAAAAAGCACAUGAAGAUAUUGUUAAUAAAGAAGAGGACAAUUAUGAAAGCUUGCACGAACCUUCAGAAACAUCUGACAGUGACUACACUGCACUGGAUGGAAUGUGUCCGAAUUCACAUCCAAAUGAAGACACAAAUCAAACAUCACAAAUAUAACAGACUCUGGUGGCACUAAUUUGUGAUGCACAUUAAUUUUGAAGGAUGCGAGGAAGGAUAGUUUUCAGCCGAGCAAUUGAAUCAAUGUGUAACAGGAAGGCUUCUGUGUGCAGAAAACUUUAAUAGCCUACUUGAAUGUUUAUUGCCUUGUGCAUAGUCUGAUUUCAGAUAAAUGGGAUGUAGGAUUUUUCUGUACUCUUUUGAAAGGUUCACAUGUUGCAGCCAAAAAUUGCUUCCAAAGGCACAAUACCAACUAUAGACACAAUGAUAGCACCAGAGUUUUUUUUAAGUGGUAUCACAGACUUAAAUCAAUUGCUGCUGGGUCUGUAUCCAAUGAAGAGUUGUUUUAAUUUGACAAUACCAUACUACUUGCACUAUUUUGUUUUUUUGUCUUUUUUUGCAGGUUCACAAAAGGGAACAUUGUCAGCGGCCUUCAAAA